AUGGCUUCCACCAGUGACAUCAAGAUCGCCUCCCUGGCAGCCGGCUUUACGCUUGGCUUCGGCUUGUUGACGGUCUGGGAAGCCAUCAAGCAAACACGACGAAAUCGCAAUCCACUGCGAAGUGCCUACAUCUACAUGCUCUGGGGAGAAAUCGCCGCCAAUCUUAUCAUUGCCAUCAUCGGUUGGAUCUUUCUGGAUGGUAUAAUAUCUCCAACCGUACCGGUCCUCUUUUUCAUCUUGUUCUUCUGGGUCUUUGAGGUCCAGCUGCUCUUGCAGAUCAUCGUCAACCGAAUCUCCAUCAUCGCCGAGCAUCGAUCUACAAUCUUUAAACUCAAAUGGGGCACGGCCUUCAUUAUCACUUGCAUCAACAUCGCCGUCUUUUGUAUCUGGAUACCUGCACACACGGUUCCUCCAGCAAGUCAACUCAUUGUUCGUAUUAAUGAGUACUGGGACCGAAUCUCCAAAGUCCUCAUCCUGCUGGUUGACGCCGGACUCAACUGGUACUUCCUCCGAACUGUUAAGAAGCGCCUUCUCCAGCAACAUCGUCUAAAGAAGUACGAGCCUCUCGUCGGCUUUAACGCGAAGCUCAUGAUUGUUUCCAUUGCCAUGGAUGGCAUGCUCAUCGGACUCAUGUCACUGCCGAACCAAGUCGUCUACAUCCAAUUCCACCCCGUCGCAUACAUGGUCAAGCUCAACAUUGAAAUGUCAAUGGCUUCGCUCAUCACUCGUCUCGCCCGCGGUGAAAACGCCGAUGAAUACUAUCCCUCAAUGUCACAUUCCAACCACGGCGCGAGCGGACAUGAUCCCAGCAACAACCGAACGGGAAACAACCCUUGGGCUCACGGAAAUGGCGUUCAAAUGACGAAUAGGUCCAAGGUGGUUGCUGGGGAUUCUGACGAAGAGGCCGGAGGCCCUAUCAGCCGAGCUGGUCCUGGAUCUGGCAUUCAUCGACGAACGGAUAUUGAAGUCAAGGUGGAGGCCGAUACGAAGACAUAUAAAGUUAGACGAGAUGGAGGAAGAGGACGAGGAUCGGAGAGGGUUGAGGACGAGCUGCCACUGACCUCGGAUACUGGGCAUCCCAGGCAGGUCAUUCGGAUUCAAGAGACCAGUCGUGAUCCUUCCAUGACAAGCACUGAUUCGGGACCUUGA